AUGUCAGGCGUCACCGUGCGUCACCAAGCUUUGCAAAGCGCCCUGGGUCAUUCCGACACCCUGCCACCGCGAGCUUCCGUGCAAGUGUCCGGCCGCGCGCCGCCAGGGGGCGGUGUGGGCGUGCAGGCUGCACCGCCCCCGCGCGCCCCCCUGCCACUGCCCCCCCUGUUUAUUCUCGGCCGAGUGGCGGGGCGACAGUCGCCCGCGUGCCGCGCUACGAACCGUACGCGCGUACAACUCUCGAACGCGUCCGGCGAACGAAGUGAGAAAAAGGCAUUAAAGUGGCGACGCUGGGCGCGCGCGUGGAAUGCGCAGGAGUGGAUUUGUUUAAUUCGCGGACACGGACAGAUUCAGCCGUGUCUCCUUCAGAACACCCGGCCAUGGCGACCGAAACCGCUAUUUAUUUUAACACUUUUAACACUAGUGUGGCAUCCAGGCGGCGCCGCGGUCGGCGGUGAGCAACAAUAUUCCCUGCGCUGGAAUGACUUUCACUCCGCCAUGGUCUCGUCGUUCAGACGGCUAAGAGACGAAGAAGAUUUCGUUGACGUUACCCUUGCUUGCGCCGGCGCUACUUUUACAGCACACAAGGUGGUACUAUCAGCUUGCAGUCCUUACUUCAGAAGAUUACUUAAAGCAAAUCCUUGUCAACAUCCCAUCGUGAUCCUCAGAGACGUCCACGACAAAGACAUGGAGAGUCUUCUGAGGUUUAUGUAUCAGGGUGAAGUACAUAUAGGCCAGGAACAGCUAAAAGAAUUCCUAAGAGCAGCCCAGCUGUUGCAAGUGCGCGGUUUAACCGAUUCUGCAUCGUCAUGGACGGAAACUGGUAGCGGAGGGUCAAGGGAAGGCCGAGACUCGCAACAGAGGGAGGGUCGCAGGGCGCGUAGACCAGAAGAAGGAACAGCCAAUACGCCGCCACCGAAACGGGCGCGAUCUUCCGAUUUGUACCAAGCACAAAUGAAAACCAGGACGGAGCAACUGUUAGCAGCGCAAGGCAGCCCCGAAAGAUUGGGCACUAACGGACACGAAAUGGCACUCUUCAGCCAUGCCCUGGAAAACGCACAAAAUCCACAUUUAUCUAACGUCUCGAACAAUCUGUCCGGUGAUGGCGAAGAGUCUUCGUCAGAUGCAGGCGCAAGUGACACAGAGGGUGAGAACCGCACGAAACAGGAACCCGUGGACUACGACGAUCCAGCCACGAUGGCUAACACCAAUGGAGCCCUACCACACAACUUUCCAGGACUACUAAAUCUACCAGGCUUUCCCGGACUCCCUGGCCCGUCUGGAAUACCUGAUAACUUCGGAGCGACCUGGCCCGGCGGCGGAGAGGUCAAGCCGGCCAAGAUGGAGGAGCGGUUUGCGUACGGCGGCGGCUUCGGAAACGGUGAGCCGGCCAAGCCCGCGUGCCCCGAGUGCGGCAAGCUCUACAGCAACAAUAGCAACCUCAAGCAGCACAUUUUGAACGUGCACGCGGCGCGCGACCUGGCGCACCCCUGCCCCGUCUGCGGCAAGGGAUUCAAAACGCGCCAGUACAUGCAGAUCCACAUGAACUCUAUACAUGGCGUCAAACAGAGGAGGCGCGACCCCGCCCCGGGCGGCUCUCGCGGGCGGGGCGGCGAUGGGCUACCGGCCGCAGUGUCCGCUCUGCGGCCGCGUCUACUCCUCCACCUCCAACCUGCGCCAGCACAUGCUGAACGUGCACUCGCAGACGGACCGCGACCAGUGGUUCCCUUGCCAGCACUGCGGCAAGAAGUGCAAAACGAAGCAUUAUCUCAUCAACCACCAGCUCCAAGCGCACGGCAUCCGACAGCGGCAGAACUCUUAGAGACGACUCCCCGAGCGGCCCUCGACAGCCUCGCUCGCCGCUUGGUGGUGACCACCGACGUCCACCGAUAUCUGUAA